GUUCAGUCUUACAUACUGAGAAGUAAAGUCUGAGAGAGAGAGAGUGAGCGAGCAACCAAGCGCACAUUUCUGUGUGAAUGUUUCACAUCGUUGAGAAAGUCCUCAAAGUUAUUAGUUCUUGAUUAAACCGUAAUAGUAGGGCAAGGCACUUUUUUGUUUAAAAAUCGCUAUCAACGCCAGCCUUUUUGGUCAUUAAAAACAAACUAAUUAAACCAGUGACUGGUUUGUAAAUGUAAGAAACCAACAAGACGGCGACACUGGGAGGAAAAACGUUUUCCCCUUUUUCCUUCGUACGGAUACGGAAACGUGAAAAGAGCGGAUGAUAGAUCCUGGAGGUAAACCCUAACACUCUAUGCUGUGACGAUUACUAGAAAAAGGGAAGAAGGACCCCUCUUCUCCUAAAAGCAUCAGUCACAUUUGCACCUCUCCCAACAUGUCUCUGGCCUCAUUCCAGUUGAUGCAGGCCCUGAAAAACUCUCCUGCAGCCCUGCGCAGACACUUUAAACGGGACCGCACAGAAAGCCUUUCCCAUGGGGACCCCAUAUUUAAAGUGCACUAUCUAGGCACCAAGAAGAUCUUCUCCCUAGACCUGGAGCAGGCUGAGGAAGCCAUCGACCGGCUCCUGGACGGUGCUCCUGGAAAAUUAUCCAAAGACCAUGCUCUGGUGGUGCGGCCGCGAUAUGUGGAAGUGAAAGAGUUGAGCACAGGAAGGCAGCUCACCAAGACCUACCUGCAUGACAUUGCCUACUGCGCAUCGCACACGGCUCAUCCCAACGUGUUCCUCUAUAUCUGCAGGCAACCUGGUCAACAGCUGCAGUGUAGGAUGUUCUGGUGUAGUCGUGUGGAAAGGGCAAAGGAUAUGACAGCCUGCCUGGCAAACUCAUUUCAGAGAGCACUAAACGACUGGCAAGAUGGCUGUGCUACACUGCCAAAGGCAGAGGGCAAGGCUAAGGAGGAUGAGGCUGACAUCACCCCUGCUGCUGCCAAAGGACUGACUCUGCCAGCUAGUUUGGGGAAAGUCCGUUGGAAGAAGAAGGGCUCAAUUUCCCGCAGUCCUCUGAGAGCAAUCACCAGGCGUGGCUCAGCCUGUGAAAACUGGCAAUGAGAUUCCCAGCUACUGGAUCUCUUGACCCCUAUGGGAUCCUACCAACAAGAACGCACUUUCUCUCCAUUCCCACCCACAAGGUGACAGAUGACAACGGCUGGACCUGACAUAGCUUGACUCCAACAAACCAUUCCGGCAAUGAAAGUACAGUUUUUGGCUGAUGUUAGAGAUUGGACUGUUGCCCAAGUUGCUGUUCUUGCUCCUUUAGGGCAGAGACACUGAUUACUGACAAGGUGGGGUGAGCCAAUAGUUCAUAUUAUAUGCUGGUCAUUUUUAUUUCAUGUAUUGCUUGUGUAAUUGAUAGCAACAUUGCUUGUAUUUUCAUCUCAAGAUUUAAGGCCUUCAAGGACUUGUAUGCACAUACAUGCAGAUAAAUAUUUAUAUUACCAAAGUUAAGUAAAAUUGACCUAACCAGUGGCUGAAAGUAAGGAAGAUCUUUUGAGUAGGAUUAUUAAGAAAUAAAUACAAUAUGCUUGGAUGGUGAGAAGAAACACUGAAACCAGGAAUGGGUGCUUGUAUUAGGUAUGUUGCAUCAGGUAUUUGUGUAAUAACAGGGAGGAUGCAGGAACCGCAAUGUUGCAAUGGAAGUUCUAUCCCUAUUACCACCCAAAACCACAGUUACAAACCACUACAGUUACAAGUUACACACAGUUUCAUAUAUACUUUUGGUGCAACUUCUAACCAGAGGUAGAAAGCUACACUUUUUUUGAACAUGUUCAAAUAGCUUUAGCUAUGUUUAAAAUGAUUUAGUGGAUUAUGUGGUAGAAUAUCCAUAUUGAAAAAAAUCUGGAAGAUCAAAUCUAUUCUCAUCAUUUCAUUUACCCUUAACCAUAAAGUGGAUUAAUAAGCCAGGACCUUGGAGAAAAUAAGAGGCACAGUUUGUGUUUGUGUGUGCACUGAGUGAGAGAACAUAAUGUGCCCUGAGCAGAUUGUGUAGGAUUCAUGCCGUGCACCUGCAUUCCAAUGGAGUCAAUCUGAACUCCUAUAUGUUCCUUCCCAUCUUCAGUCUGCUUUCUGAAUUUAGAGCUGCAGGUUUUGAACAUCAAAUUUUAUCUUUUGUUUUUUUAAUUUGCAUGAUCUUAAGAUAGUGACAUCAAAAUGGUAAUUUGUGUGUGCAUUUUAUCAUUAAGAGCAAUAAUUCUGUAUAUGUUUGGCUUACUACCAUAAGCCAAGUAUGUUAAACAGGAUUAAAUACUACAUAUUUGACUGCUGUACAUGACCUUGCAAGUCCAUAAGUUGCUAUUUUACAGCCAAUGUUGUUAAUGCAUAUUCUAAUUAGAAGUAUCUGCAUGUUCAAUGUUGACCUACAGAGCCUUAUUAUCAUAACAUCCAGGCAGUUGGCUCUGCUGUGUUUUGGAUAUUUUAUCCUCAUUGGUUUUAAUCUAAUUUAUAUUCACGUGUAACCCAUAAUACAAGGACACCAGACCUGCCUCCAGGAUCUGUGUAUCUGCUCAAGGGAUUUUUAAUGUCUAAUGAAUGUGCAUGUCUUUGUUUUAUAUUUUUUGUUUAAAUAUUUAUAUAUGUAUUUUCAGAAAUUAAAAUUUUAUACAGUAA